AUGGAUAAUGAUUCAGCGGUCAAGUAUCUAGAGUCUCUGGUGAACCGUACCUUUCGUGCCCAUACUUCGGACGGGCGGAUGUUUCUAGGGGAAUUCAAAUGCACCGAUAAUGAAAGCAACAUCAUACUAGCAAAGACUUACGAAUACCGCAUGCCUACUGCGAAGGCGAAACAAGAUGCCAUUGAACGCCAGCUGGCUGGUGAAGGCAGUGGGAAAGCAGACAUGACAAGCAGAUUCCUGGGCCUUGUCGUUGUCCCUGGGCAGCAUAUCACUAAGCUCGAGGUCGAGGAGAGAAAGCCUUGGGAGCUACCCUUACGACCGAACUGA